AUGGUUCGGAUUUGGUGGGCCGGCCUCCCCAUCGUCCUUUUGUGUAGCUGCAUCGUUAUUUUCGGUCUUGAGCGGGCCGAACCUGCCUUAACUCGGGAAGCAUGGCAGCCUGCAUCAACCGCCAUACCGAGCUCCACAAGAUCUGCAGAAGCCUGGACGACUGAGAUGCCGACCUCCACAACAGUGUCUGACAUGCUCCCGACGGAGGCUUUGAUAUCGCUGCGUGGGAAGAACUUGAUUCUUGCAGGAGAUUCCAACGACAGAAACUUUUUCCACAUGCUGUGCUAUUAUGCUACGGGCAAGUCCGACCAAGUGCAGUACAUUCGGAAGCUGGAGAUUGCAUCCGGUGAGUAUGCCGGGCGCAUUACUUGGGCCACGGAAGCCGCUACCAUGACAUGCCAUGACCGCAGCAGGAAUGCGAGCCUGAUGUUCCUCUUUCACCAAGGAGUAUACAGCCUUCCUCCCCAGCCAGACUGGUUCUUGGAGUUCGUGCAGCGCAGGCUGGGUACACACGGGAUUGGAGUGCGAGGUAAGGCACGUGUGAUUCCGACAACUGACUUAGCCCGCGAUAUAUGGCCGGAAGCUAUCCAGCAGAAUCUACCGAUGCGGCCCAUGGUUCUUCUGAUCCAGUCUUCCAUGUGGGACUCCUUCCCCGUCCUCGAGAAGAUCAUCGGCACCCGGGUGUCCCAAAUGACAGACGAAGGAGAAGCAAAGAUCAAAAGAGCCAUCUUCUGCGAAGAGAACCUGACUGAGUGGGGUUGGCUGGGCAGGGCCGAGCAGAUCCUCUCUGCAUUCGAAGGCGGUCUUCGGGAGAGGGGGUGGCAAGUUUCGUCAAAGCUCUGGCGGACGAACCCGAACUGCCCCGCGCUGCCAAAACAGGGAUCUGUGGUCGCAAAUCCGCUGAGCGAGUUAUAUGCAGAUGCUGUCAAGCAUGCCAUACUGGCUGGUGGAGCAUGGUCAAACGUCUGCCUCGUAGACUGGAGGGGCCAUCUGCGCAUUGAUGACGCCAGUCAGUGCGAUCAUCACCACUACACCAAAGCAGGCUAUAUGGAAUAUCUUGAUGCUUUAGGCGAUUGUCUGCUGUUGGCGUAA